AUGGCAAGCUAUGAGAUUGAGAUUUUUCCCGCAGAGAAUUGUUCCGUUGCAAGGGGAAUCAUCGAUUAUUUUGAGGUAAUCUUUUAUUGAUCAAUGUCAAAAAACUUGCAAAAAUUAUGGUAAAAAUAAAUCUUUCAGUUGUCCGACUAUGUCGGUUACUUCUCAGCUGUCAGUUACUCCUUAUACGACAUGCAUAUCGUUAUAACAUUUUGUCGUUUUGCCUUCCGCUAUGCACAAAGCACUCGGCAAUUACGGUUGUUGAAACUGAUGUCUCAUAGACUUUUCUUCGCCGCUUUGUUUGUUCUGAACGUUUUUAUUUCGACCGUUUCAAUUAUUGAGAUCGGGAAUUCUGCAGAGUCCGGGAAAGAGUUUCAAUUGGAUUACCCAACUACCAAUCCGGCAAUGAAGAGCUAUUUCAAAUCGCAUACGGUCUUUGUAGUCAAGGUAAAGUGUAGACACGGCUGUGAAUGAGACGUUUUGCCGGUACAACGCAUGAUUACCUGUUCCUUUUCAGUAUCAACACCUCGGAAGCCUCUUCAGAUUCAUUCUCUACCCCCUAUCUCUUCUUUUUGGUUUAUGGUGUACUUGGAGGUGUUACCGGUAUCCUAAGGACAAUUUCAGUCAACGCACUCGUCAAAUGUAUCGCCUUCUAAUCGUUGGCCUUCUAAUUGAGCAAAGCGCUGAAUUUUAUUGGUUUAUAGUUCCUUUUCUGUCCAUUGGAUUCUUUUUUGAUGUUGAAGACCAGGUCGCGGCUUAUUACAUUCUCUACCGAACAUUUUAUUUGUAUCCGACUUUCGUCAUGGUUUUUACGUUGGUGUUUUACCGCCGAUAUCGGGAGGGAGUCAAGAAAGUUUAUAGCGUCUUCUGGAAGGUUAAUUCGCCGGCUGUGCCAACUUCGAACAACGGAGUCUCCGUCACCAAGAUUAGCUAA